CAUUAUGGGAGUGAAAAACGAUUAUAGAAUAUCAACAAUAGCUGUAUUAUGUAAAGAUUGCAAUCAAGAUGUUGGUUUAUAUCCAGCUCGACAUAAAUGUAAUGAUACAACAAAACGACUUCAGUUACCUACUUUAUGUUCAAGUACUUUGAAAAGCAGUAACAGUCAUUGGAGUCAGCAGCAACAUGAAGAAGAAGAUGAUGAUAAUCUGCCUGAUCUUAUUGCUUCUACUCCAGGGAGUAUUACAAGACAGCCAUCUGAUAGCUCAAUGGAAAGUGGAAAAUGGAAUGCUUUUAUGAACUAUCGUAGCAAUAACUCAGAUGUCAAAUCCAUGGAUUUUAAACAGAAUCAUGAUAAAGAAGAAGAAUCUAUUUACUUUGAUAACUAUGCAACUCAUUUACUAAAAUCAUCCAACUCCUUAAAUGAGUCGAACAAUACAGCAACUACAAAUAAUGGAAAGCAAUUAUGGGGUCGGGUUAAAGAAAAUGAAAAAUGGAAAGAAUUAAUAACUGAAAAAAAAAACAUUAAUAAGCCUAAUAAUAAACUUUGGGGUAAGAUCAUUCGUGCGACUGUAUUAAAAGAAGAAGAUGCUGAUGAUAAUCCAGAGUCAGACAAUGAUGAUUGGGAAGGAGAAACACAUGUGUCUAGAAUAUUAAGAGAAUAUUAUGAAAAUAAAAGAAAAAUAAACAAUGUGCCAUUCCCAUCUUGGCUUAUUGAUGAUCGUACUCCUAUUUCUACAUUAGCUUUGAUUCCAGCAAAGGAACAAUUAGGUCAAGAAGAAGUUGUAUUACAUAAAAGACAGCAAUCAGUACGACGAUUAUGGCAAUCUUCGGAAGAAGAAACGUUAACAUCAAGACAAAAAGAAAUACAGGCACUUCGUCAAAUUGCACAAGGAUGUAAUAGUUAUUAUAAAAACUCAACCGUAUCUCGUUCACAGAGUGAACGUGUUCAUCAUACACAUAUAUCUACAAGUCAAUCAUCAGCAUAUCAUCAUUCCCUUUAUAACCAAGACAAUAAAGUUUUAAAUAACACAUCAACUACACCAAGAAGAACAUAUACAACAAGUCGACCAUACAAUAGCAGUAAUUUGUCUUCAUUCAAACUAAAGCAUAUUAAAUAAAUAAAUUACAUAAUAUGUAUAUUUUUUUUUAUUGUAUAUUUUUUGUGUCAUUUAAUUCGACAAUGAUAAUCAUUUAUAUGCAC